GGAUCACUCCUCUCCCCCCACAUACAAAAUCGAAAUUCAGACCAAUGAUCUCGCUGUCACUCUCCAUGUCUCCAACCUAACUAGUGUUUCUCCGGUAAGUAUUCAUGGCGUCUGUAUCGCCGUCUUGCUCAACAAUUCGCACACCAGUUCGACGCUCACCAGCUCUCGCCGUCGUUUCUGAAUUGAGGCGAUUCAAACAAAGAAGAGCCGUGCUGCCACCUGUCGCCGUCAGUAUCGGCCACGUGGCGGACGUUGUGCGCAGUGACGUUGAGUUUCUGAAGAAUAAAAUCGGUAUCGGAUUAAAAUGGGCCAACGUGGCUUUCCGUGUCCCGGAAGUGAGUAAAUCAGCAGAGGAAGUGUUUUGGCUUCGGCAUCUUGAGGAUUCGGCUUCUCCUCCUUUGGAGCAACCGUCUUUGCCCCAACCUUCCUACUCAGGGCUCACUGGGGUGGAUUUGUUAAUGGCUGAUGUCAAAGCCUUGGAAGCAUAUGCUGGUUACGUUUACUGCCUUUCUAAGAUGUGGUCAAGACCACUCCCUGAAGUUUAUGAUCCACAAGCUGUUGCAGAUUACUUUAAUUGCAGGCCGCAUGUCGUUGCCUUUAGGCUUCUUGAGGUAUUUUCUGCGUUCAUGAUUGCUGCCAUCAGAGUACGGGCAUCAGAAUCAGACAAAGGCAAAAAUUUGGAAGCUUCAGGGCAGAAAUUUGGGAUGGUGUUGAAAGAAACCAUGCUGCAUUUGGGUCCCACUUUCAUCAAAGUUGGUCAAUCACUUUCCACAAGGCCAGAUCUCAUUGGGACUGAAACCGCCAAGGCACUCUCUGAACUGCAUGACAGAAUCCCUCCCUUUCCAUGGCCAGAGGCUGCAAAAACCAUUGAAGAGGAAUUAGGGGCUCCUGUUGAAUCAUUCUUUAGUCAGUUCUCUCAAGAAACUGUAGCAGCAGCAUCCUUUGGUCAGGUCUACCGAGGACGGACUCUCGAUGGUUUAGAUGUUGCAGUGAAAGUUCAGCGUCCUGAUCUGAGACAUGCAGUGCUACGCGACAUUUACAUUCUGCGACUUGGGUUGGGUGUAUUGCGAAAGAUAGCAAAGAGAGAAAAUGACAUUCGUGUAUAUGCUGAUGAGCUUGGAAAGGGUUUGGCCGGAGAACUAGACUUCACUUUAGAGGCUGCCAAUGCAUGUGAAUUUCGGGAAGCACACGCACGGUUUUCCUAUAUACGGGUUCCAAAAGUGUAUCAACAUCUAACGCGCAAAAGAGUUUUGACCAUGGAAUGGAUGGUUGGUGAAAGCCCAACAGAUUUACAAUCAAUAACUACUAGUUACUCUGAAAAUGACACUCCGAUUCAUGAGAGACAGAAACAUGAAGCGAGAAGACGUCUUCUUGAUUUGGUGAACAAAGGAGUAGAGGCAACUCUAGUACAACUCCUUGACACAGGUAUUUUGCAUGCCGAUCCACAUCCUGGAAAUUUGCGUUACACGACAUCAAGACAAAUAGGGUUUCUGGACUUUGGUUUAGUUUGUCGGAUGGAAAGGAAGCAUCAGCUUGCCAUGCUCGCAUCAAUAGUGCACAUCGUGAAUGGUGAUUGGUCUUCCCUUGUUGAAGCGUUGACUGAUAUGGAUGUCAUCACGUCUGGCGUCAAUACGCGUCGUUUUGCGCUGGAUCUGGAAUUGGCGUUGGGAGAGGUUGAACUUAAAAAUGGGAUUCCUGAUAUCGAAUUUACUAAGGUGCUUAGUAAAAUACUGCAAGUGGCCCUAAAGUAUCAGCUACGCAUGCCACCAUACUUCACACUUGUCCUGCGUUCUCUUGCUUGCUUGGAAGGUCUGGCUGCAUCUGGAGAUCCAAAUUUCAAGACAUUUGAAGCUGCAUACCCUUUUGUGGUUCAAAAACUCCUCACUGAAAACUCAGCUGCAACAACGAAAAUUCUUCAUUCGGCAGUUCUUAACCGAAAGAAGGAGUUCAGAUGGGAAAGGGUUGCUCUUUUCCUGAGUAAAAGCUCUGCGAGGAAAGGUUCUCCACUAGUAGCAUCAUCAAGGGAUGAAACUUCUGCUCACAGCAGUUCCAAUCAAACGGACAAAGAUGUUGACACAGUAAGUUUGGUCAUGAAGCUUUUGGCAUCCAAAGACGGCGUGGUUCUUAGAAGACUCUUAAUGGCUGCGAAUGGGACUUCACUGAUCCGGACAUUCAUUUCAAAAGAGGCAGAUGUCAUCCGCCAGAAACUUUGCACAAUGGUUGCAGAUACACUGUACCAGUGGAUGGUCGGGAUCUCCGGAGUUAAUUCCCUUAAAUUUAUCUCUCUUUCAGACCCACCAGCAUCUUUAGGAACAAACACUUCAUUAAAAGAUUUCAAGACUUUGAUUGGAGACAAACGUGUCAGAGUGAUUCUGAGAAAGAUACUUGAAUCUCUAAAGAGUGACCGAGUAUUGACGCUCAAAUUCUGCUGGACGUCCUUCGUUAUGUUUGUCACCGCCUCUGCUCUUGCUUGCCAUCGGUUUGUAAUCUCAGUCUCUGAAGGUUACGUCAAUUACUUGUCUCUGUCUGCUCCUGUCGCACUUCGUACCUGAACAGAACCAGAAGCAUCUAAUGUAUAUUGUUGUCAAGCCCCCGGGUAAUAUAGUCCUUGGUAGAAGGGUGAGAUUCCAUAGAAAGUCUCCAAGAUUUGAGUGUAUAGAUUUGGCUCCAUGUCUAAAUACUAUGAAACAAUUAUUGUCACAGAUGUAAUGAGAUAUGACUAUGUUACUAUUACAAGCAUCAUAUUCGAGACAUCAGGAACCUUUUGCUCUGUUUCAAAACACUUGUCAGCAACUAUACGUUUUGGAACAUAACAAAAGCAAAGUCGAUGGGAGAAAUGUCAUUUAAAAUUAUUUAAUAUCAUCAAACGUUUUGAUUUUUGUGCUGACAGCAAAAAUAUAGACGAAAAAAAGAACGAAAAGUGUUCAUUUACAAAGAAUGAUCAACAAGUAUAGAAAUGCCCCAUAUCACUUCUUGAAAGUAAACUCUGGCAAAUCAACUUUG